AUGCCUAAGAAUACCCCAGCUCCCGAUGAGCCUGCCGUGACCUUCAGCUCUGGUUCCGAUGCCCCCGUUGCCCUGCGCAUUCUCCACCUGAACGACGUCUACCACUUGGAACCGUCCAGUGCUGAGCCCGUGGGCGGUGUCGCACGCUUCAUCACGGCUGUCAAUGAGUACCGUAAUGAUGAGCGUUUCGAGGGUCAGCCCGAGCUGGUGACUCUAUUUUCGGGCGAUGUCUUCAACCCAAGUCUGGAAAGUUCUGUCACAAAAGGUGAGCACAUGGUGCCUGUCCUUAACAAGAUCGGCGUCGACUGCACCUGCGUUGGCAACCAUGACUUUGACUUUGGGGUCAAGCAAUUCGAGCAUCUCACCGCCAAAUGUAACUUCCCCUGGCUCCUCGCCAAUGUCCUGGAUCCGGCGCUCGGCGAGAACGUCCCUCUCGGGAAUGCCAAACACACUCACAUGAUCACAUCAUCCAAUGGCAUCAAGAUCGGUCUCAUUGGACUUGGUGAGAGAGAAUGGCUAGAGACAAUCAACAGCUUGCCCCCCAACAUCAUCUACAAGUCUGCCAGUGAGACUGCUAAGGAGCUGGUGCCCCAACUCCGCGCCCAGGGAGCCGACAUCAUCAUCUGCCUCAGUCACCAGCGUGAGCCAAACGACAACAAGCUCGCCGAGAAGACGGAUGGCCUGAUUGACAUCAUUCUCGGCGGUCACGAUCAUUACUACGCUCACAGCUUCAUCAACGGCACGCACGUGCUGCGCUCAGGUUCCGACUUCAAGCAACUCAGCUACGUCGAGGUUCGAAAGAAGCAGGAUGGCUCCGGCAAGUGGGAUUUCGACAUCGAGCGGCGCGAUAUCGUGUCUUCUAUCGCAGAAGACCAAGAAACCUUGAAGCUCACCGAGGACUUGACUUCAAAGCUUAAGCACAGCCUCGCAAAAUCCGUGGGAUGGACAGCUGCUCCCCUGGAUGCACGAUUCACGACCGUCAGAAUGAAGGAGAGUAACAUGGGCAACUUCGUGUGCGACGUCAUGAGACACUACCACAACGCCGACUGCGCGUUGAUGGCGGCUGGUACUAUACGAGGUGAUCAGAUUUACCCGCCUGGUGCCAUUCGCGUCCGAGAUAUCACAAACUGCUUUCCUUUCGAGGACCCCGUUAUCUUCAUCAGAGUAACCGGUCAACAAAUCUGGGAUGCCCUCGAAAACGGUGUCUCUCAGUACCCAGCGCAAGAAGGCCGCUUCCCUCAAGUAUCCAAUAUUAAAUACACGUUCGACCCGAGCAAGAAACCUGGAUCUCGCAUCGUCGAAGCCAGCCUCGGUGGCGGGCCCAUGCAGAUGGAUAAGAAGUACACGCUUGCCACACGAGGCUACAUGGGCAGAGGAAAAGAUGGAUACACCAGUCUACUUGUCGAACCUGAGGGCGGCACGGCCGAGGAGAUCGUCUGCGAAGAGAACGGCAUUCUCAUCUCCGCCAUGCUGCGUCAAUACUUCAUGAGUCUGCGCACAGUCGGCCAAUGGAAGAACCUAAGCGAGCACUGGGUCCGGGUAGCCGACAAGUGCCACACGCCUGUCGAGCCGCGCAAGAUGUGGGAGACCCCCGCCGAGACCGGCACCUCCGAUCCCAAGCCCGAUGUCGAAUCCAAGUCGUGGGCCGAAUGGAUGGUCAAGCGACACGCUCUGAACGCCAAGCCUCCGAAAGAGGAAUCGGAAGACGAUUCCGACACCGAGGAUGAGGCCGACAGCGUGGAUCAGAUUGAUAUGGAGUUGCUUCUUAUGCGCAAGUUCUUCGCCAGAUGGGCAAAGGCUGCGAAUGUGAAGGCGGAGGUGUGUGAUCCCCUGCGAGAGGGCGAGUUCACUGUAGACUGGACGCGGGUCAUUGCCCCAGUCCUCGAGGGACGUAUCAAAAUGAUUAGCUAG